AUGGAACUUCAGUCACAGAUUGAGAAGGAAAAGCAGAAGUGGCGUGAUAUCUUGAGGAGAAUCCUUCAUUGCAUAAAAUUCCUUGCGACUCAGAACCUGGCUUUGCGAGGACAUAGGGAGUCACUUCAGCUGGAUGAUGACUCCAACGUGGGAAAUUUCCUUGGCCUACUGAAACUACUGGCCAUCUUUGACCCUGUCAUGAAAGAACACCUCAGUCAUGUGGAAAGUCAUCCUGGAUCCACAUCUUAUCUUUCACCAGGUGUUCAGAAUGAAUUCAUUCACAUGAUGGCAUCUACUGUUCGCCAAAGUUUACUGACAAGUAUUCAUAAGGCCAAGUACUAUGGUCUCAUGUUUGAUUCGACUCCUGAUCAUGCACACCGUGAGCAGAUGUCAGAAGUAGUGAGGUACGUGGAGGUUGAUUUUGAGAGCAAAAUUGUCUGUGUUAGAGAGUCCUUCCUUGGAUUUAUUCAGAUAAGCCAGAAGGAUGCUGAGAGCUUGGUUGAAGACAUCUUGAAACAGCUAGAGAAGGACGGAAUGGAGCUACAGGAUUGUCGGUCACAGUGCUAUGACAACGCUGCUGUGAUGGCUGGACACAAAAGUGGUGUUCAUCAAAGAAUAAGUGAGAAAAACAACCUGGCAGUGUUUGUGAAUUGCAACAAUCACUCACUCAACUUGGUGGGUGUACAUGCAGCCAAGCAGGAUACAAUGAUGGUCACAUUUUUUGGUACAAUCGAAGCUCUCUAUGUGUUCUUCUCUCGUUCAACACAGCGAUGGGAAAAACUCAAAAACGCUGUGCCUAUGGUUGUUAAGUCAGAGUCUGAAACAAGGUGGAGUGCAAGGACAGAAGCAGUGAAGCCUGUCAACAACUACUUUGAGGAGAUAGUUCAAGUUCUCCAAGACAUGACAGAUAAUGAAAACGAGACCAGUGAAACAAGAAGUGAUGCAAGACAGCUGUGUAACCGCAUGUUGAGUUACGAUUUUCUGACUUUGCUAGGAUUUUGGAACAAAGUACUCAUUUGCAUCGACCGUAUUCAAAAGAGGCUGCAGGAUCCUAGCAUGAACUUUCACGAUGCUGCCCUGGAUUUGAAAGCCCUCCGAGAUCAUUUUGAUGAUGACAGAGAAGUUUUAGUCAGUGAGUCACUCGAAGAAGGACUCAGUCUCUGUCAAGACUGGAAUAUUGAAGUUGAAAGACGUCGGAGACGAAAGAAACAAAUGCCUGGUGAGAACUUAAGAGAUGUUGGGUUAUCAGCCAAGGAGGAGAUGGAAAGAGUCAUGAAGGGAACACUCGUCCGCCUUCACAGAGAAAUGGAUGAAAAGUUCACCCGUUUGCAUGACACUGACGCCAAGUUUGGGUUCCUUCUCGAUGUUGGGGGACUGUGUUCCGGUGCCUACAAUAACGACCUAAAAAAAAAGUGUGAAAAUUUGGCAGAAUUCUACAGCUCUGAUGUUGAUGGACAGCAGCUAUAUGAAGAAAUUUUGGAUUGCAGAAUGUUGCUAUUAAGUCGUGCCAACAUGAAAAUAUCAAGACCUAAAGAGCUUCUCGAAUUUAUUGUUCAAUAUGGAGAUGAGAGUGUCUUCCCCAAUCUUCGCAUUGCUAUUCAGAUAAUGCUAACUAUUGCAGUUUCCAUCGCCAGCUGUGAGAGAUCAUUUAGCAAGUUAAAACUAAUACUUUCAUAUUUGAGAGCCUCCAUGGGUCAAGACAGACUCUGUGAUCUUGCUCUGCUGAGUGUAGAAAGAGAAGAAACAGAAAAAACUGACUUUGAGCAGAUCAUAGACCAGUUUGCAUCAGUAAAAGCAAGGAGGGUGCAGUUCUAA